UCUGGGUAAAUAGGUCUUUUGGGAGUAACUGGUCUUCUGGGUAAAUAGGUCUUUUGGGGGUGGACUCGACGCUUUGAUAACAGGACUUCAUAUCAUUUUUUCUCGAUCUGUCCGAACCCUGAUGUUGAGAAAAUUUUCAUUUUUUUUGUUUUUAGAAAAUUUAGUUAAAAAUAAAAAAAAAGGAUGCGUCUUGCUUUACGCCUUUCCCGUCCAGCUCCGAACCAAAAUUUAAAGAAUCCACGACUCUGGCAAGAUCCAGUAUAUGGCUAUUAUGAAACGCACGGAAAAAUGGAAUUUUUGCCUGGAGAACAAUACAAUUUGUCUGAUGAUGAGAAAAAGGCUGUGUUGUGGCGUUAUCGGGUUAAAGAGAUUUUAAAGAAGGAAUAUUUUCGUCGUGAAUAUAAUCCUCAUACGUUUAAAUACAAGCAAGGAAUCAUCCUCGAUCCAGCAAUGUUUCGUUGGUAUGCUGCUGAUAUGACACAAAUGGAGUAUAUGCGAUUGACUCCUAGAAGUCUUUUUAUGUAUGCUGGAAUAACUAUGUUGGUCUUUUGGUUAAUAACUAAAUUGGGAGUGAUUAGCAUGGAAAAAGAUUCUGAUGAUUGUUUGACUGGAGAAAUGCUUUGGUGGGAUCGGUAUAGAAAUAGAUUCGAAUUUGUUGGUGGUAAUGCACCUCCUCGUCAAAAAAUGAGUGAAUAUCCACAUGCAAAGAAAUUGGAUGUUACCAAAAAUGUUGAAAAAUUUAAAGAAAUUAAGGAUAGCAUGGCUAUGCAGUAUCCUUUUGAACUUGACCCUUUUCAACAACACGCCGUUUGUAAAAUGGAAGAAGGCGAAUCUGUUUUUGUUGCCGCACAUACAAGUGCGGGUAAAACAGUUGUUGCAGAAUAUGCUGUUGCUCUGUGUAAAAAGAAUAGAACAAGAGUGAUUUACACGUCUCCAAUCAAAGCGCUCUCAAAUCAAAAAUUUCGGGAUUUUAAAUUGACUUUUGACGAUGUUGGUUUAAUUACUGGAGACAUUCAAUUAAAUACGGAAGCUAAUUGUCUCAUUAUGACAACAGAAAUUCUUCGUUCAAUGUUUUAUAAUCAUUCGGAAGUUAUCCGAGAACUUGAAUGGGUUAUUUUUGAUGAAGUUCAUUAUAUUAAUAAUAUUGAGAGAGGUCAUGUAUGGGAAGAAGUGUUAAUUAUGUUGCCUAAAUAUGUAAAAAUUGUUAUGUUAAGUGCAACAGUCCCAAAUUGUCUUGAAUUUGCUGAUUGGGUUGGACGCAUAAAUCACAGAAUAAUUUAUGUAGUUGAAACACUCAAAAGACCCGUACCUUUGGAACAUUUUUUAUAUUGUGGACAGGAUGGAAAGACGAGAAAUGAUAUUUUUUUAAUUUUUGAUACUGAAGGAAAUUUUAAAAAUUCUGGUUAUCAAAAAGCAGUAGAAGCAAAAGACAAAGCUCAAAAAAAUCAAAAGUAUGGAAUGGGACAAGUUGGGCCUGUAGGAGGACAUCCUUGGCAGUUAAAUAAAAAUAACAAAAAUGUUUAUAUCAACCUAAUUUCUUAUUUAAACACCAAAGAUUUAUUACCAAUGAUUGUUUUUAUUUUUUCUCGACAACGUUGUGAUGAAACUGCUCAAAUAUUAAAUUCUGUUGAUUUAACUAGCGAAUCAGAAAAAUUUGCAAUUCAUCAUUUCUUUAAUCGGUGUAUUGAUAGAUUGACAGGCUCUGAUAAGGAAUUGCCUCAAGUAUUAUUAAUGCAAGAAUUAUGUAAACGAGGUUUUGCUGUUCACCAUUCUGGAAUUUUGCCAAUAAUUAAAGAAGUUGUAGAAUUACUUUUUCAAAAAGGUUUAGUUAAAAUAUUGUUUGCAACUGAAACUUUUGCUAUGGGGGUAAAUAUGCCUGCUAGAAGUGUUGUUUUUGAUUCUAUUGAAAAACACGAUGGAAAGGAAAAAAGAAUUUUAAAUUCGACAGAAUAUGUUCAGAUGGCAGGCAGAGCAGGAAGACGUGGCCUUGAUUCUACCGGAACUGUCAUAAUCUUGGCUAAAGGUUCAGAACCUCCCGAUAUUAGUUCUUUAACAUCGAUUUUAAAAGGUAAACCAGUCAAACUUGAAUCACAUUUUCGUAUAACUUAUAGUAUGAUGCUUAAUCUUUUGCGUAUUGAAGAAUUAAGAAUUGAGGAUAUGUUGUCCAAUUCGUAUGUGGAAAGUGCUUCUUUACGUAUGGUUGUUCAACGAAAGGAACGUCUUAAAAAGCUUGAAGAAAACAUUUCAGCAUUACCCCAAUUAGAAUGCUCUAAUUGCAAUCCCCCACCAAACGGAAAAGUGGACACAACAUUAUUGGGUUAUUUCAAUUCCCUUAUAAAUUAUUACAAAACAACAAAAGAAUUGUGGAAUUUGUUAAUUUUAAAAGGAAAAGAGGCCAAAUUAUUUACAAUGGGAAGAGUUUUAAUUAUUCAUUAUCCGCCACUUGGAAUUGCUGGAAGGCUAGCUGUUGUUUUGAGGUCUAUAAUUGAAAAUGGUAGACUUGCUUUAACUUUAUUCAUACCAACUUCAACCACUUCUGCUGCCAAUGAUGUUAAACUAAAAGCUUUUAAUGCUUUAAAUAAAGAGGAAAGACGUUCGAAAGCAGAAAUUGGAUUGUUAGAACAUGCUCUUUUACACGGAAUUGAUGGUUUAGAUGUAAAAACAUUUUCGGAAUAUACUCCAUAUACAAUUUUGGAAACAACUUUGGAUUGCCUAUUAGCAGUCUGUAAACGUACAAUACCAAAGUUAGAUGCAGAAGCAAUAAAUCAAGAAUAUCAACGUUCCAAACAACCAUCAAAUCGUUCAAAUUCCCCUGACAGAAAUAUAAAAAAAAUAAUUUUUGAAUUAAAUCAAUUAUCAGAAAAAAUUGUAAAAAAUCAAAAAGAGGUGGAGGAAGAAGAAGAAGGGAAUAACAAAAAAAUAGAUGAAUUUGUACAUAUUUUGGGAAUGGAUUUGGAUAAAAAAGAAAUAAGUUUAGUUGAAAGUUUGAGGGUAGUUUUGUAUCAAAGAAGAGAACUUGUUAAUCCAACUGUUUAUCCUUGUAUUAAAUGCCCUGAUAUUAUUGAACAUAUGAAUCUAGUCAUAAAUAGACGCCAAAUGGAACAAACCAUACAAACACUCGUUCACCAAACCUCUUCACAUUCCAUGUCUGAAGAAUCAGCAGGCCGUUUAAAAGUUUUGAGAACACUUGGGUACAUUGAUCGAGAAAAUGUGGUUGAAUUAAAAGGAAAGAUUGCAUGUGAAAUUAGUAAUCAGGAACUAUUAAUUAGUGAAUUAAUUCUCGACAACAAAUUUCAAGAUAGAAGUCCACCAGAAAUUGCAGCAAUGUUUUCAGCAUUUACGUGUCAACAUGGAAGAAAUACUUCUAAUAGUAUUAGAAGACAUAAUUUGAAUUUUAAUAAAAUAAAUUCAAAAAAUGGUUCAACUUCACAAAGUACAGAAACCUCAAUAAGUAAUGAAAGUCAACAACAACAGGAACAAGUUGAAAGAGUGCCUAUUGAAAUUUUGAGAGAGCUAGAGACAGACUUAACUGAAACUGCCAUACGUAUUGAUGACGUCCAAAAGGAAUGUGGUGUUUUUAACUCACCUGUGAUUGAAGAAUUGAAAUUUGGAUUGAUGGAAGUUGUCUAUCAAUGGGCGAAUGGAUUGGAAUUCUCCAAAAUAAUGCAAUUAACUGAUGCCCAAGAAGGUAUAAUUGUAAGAUGUAUUCAACGUUUAGAUGAAGUUUGUAAAGACGUUAAAAAAGGUGCAAUGAUUAUUGGAAACCCUGAACUAGCAGAAUUAAUGGAAGAAACUAGUAAUGCUAUUAGACGUGAUAUUGUUUUUGCAGCAAGUUUAUAUGUUACAGAGGCUGAGGCGAAUGAAUAA